AUGCCCAACUUGCUCGAGAUUCCUUUCAAGAGGACACACAACGUGCCUAUCCGGCAGACUGUCCGGGAAUACAUCCUCGCCAACCACUCUGAUGUCCAUCCAGAUGCCUUCAAAUGGGACAUCAACCAGUGGGGGACCCUGCGAAAGCAGGCCGUCGACCGCACUGUCCACGUAGACCACGUAAAGGUAUCCCUCGGCUAUCACGCACAGCUGGUCUUCAUUCUGACAAAGUUGCCUGUCGACAUCGGACUCGAUAUCCCUUACACCCCACUAUUCAGUCCCGAUGGGCCCCCGAUCACUUUGCGGAACCUGGCUUACGAGAGGGCCGCAGUGUUAUUCAACCUUGCCGCGCUGUAUUCUCAGCUGGCUCACAGAGAGGACCGCUCCACGGCAGAUGGCCUCAAACGCACGGUCGCAUAUUUUCAGAGUGCAGCGGGAACUUUGAGCCAUUUGUCGACGUCUGCAGCCCAGAAGCUCGAGGCAUCUGUCGCAGACAAUGAGACAAUUCUGGAGUUCUCUGCUCCAUUUCUCAGUGCUCUCGAGAACCUCAUGCUCGCCCAGGCACAAGAAGGUGUCUGGCAACGCGCGGUGAUAGACAAUCUGAAAAACGGCGUCAUUGCCAAAUUGGCUGCUAAGGCUGCUUCUUUCUAUCGUUCAACAUUGCAAACAAUUCGAGAAGCAUCGCCAGCUGUCAUGCAUCUGUUCCCGGCAAGUUGGUUAGCGCAUGUAGAGAUCAAGGCGAGCCAUUUCGAAGGUGUUUCGCAGUACAGGAAGAGCCUCGAUGACAACGCGGCCGGAAGAUACGGCGAGGAGGUCGGCCGACUGACCCAAGCUCUAGCUAUUGUGAAGAAGGGGCAUGAUCUUGCGCGCAGGAGCGAUGUUAACGAAGCGGUUCGGCAGGAUAUUAAGUCGCUCCUAAAUACCGUGCAGACAACGCUGAGGACUUCGGAGCGGGACAAUGACUUGAUCUAUCAUCAAGUAGUACCCUCCGCAGCAUUACUGCCGCCCAUCGCGGAAGUCUCGAUGGUCCAGCCAAUCAUUGCUGGAACCCUUGCGGACCCCAAGACGGCCAUCCCUGAAGAUGCUGUGAUUUUUGGUGAACUUCUCAGCCACGGGGCCAAGCUCGCCAUUGAGAUUUACCACGAUCGUCGUAAAAACUGGGUCGAUGAAGAAGUUGUUGACCGCGCGCGGCGUUUGGACGAUGACUGUACAAGCGUGCUCGGGUCUUUGGGCCUUCCCGCUGCGCUCGAGGCUCUCGAAAAGCCCGUCGGUCUCCCACCGAGCCUCCUCGGGAAGGCGGAGGAAGUCAGGCGGGAAGACGGUCCAUCCAAGAUAGAAGCCUCAAUUGAGAACGUGCAGAAGCUUGCAGAGAGGAAUAUGGAUCUCCUGAACGAGGCAUUUGACAUCUUAGAUCAAGAAGCAGAGGAAGACGAGGUCUUCCAGGCCGAGGCUCCUGCUGUGCGCGCCCCGUCGUCGGAGGCGAACCAGGCCCUCGUGGCGAAAGCACAGCGGUACAAGGGGAUCCUCGACGGCGGGAUGCAAAGCGACGCGAUCGUGCGCGAGAAGUGGGAACAAUGGGAGCGCUUCAUCACGCAACUUACCUGGAGCAAUGAUGAACUCGAGCGGGCGGUACCCUCGUCGACGGCGCCGCUACCGGCGAACAAACCCAACGCCAGGAACCCCAAUCCCACGCAGGGGCAUGCGAGACAGCUGCGCGUCCUGCUCGAGACUCUGGAUGACCUGCAGCGUUCCUGCGCACAGGUGGUCACCCGGGCCACGAGACUCUCAGAGUCCGAAGACAUCGCGCCGCGCAUCCUCAAGGCCGCCGCCGCGGUCGAACGCUGGGUCGAAGUGCAGCCGUCGAUGUUCGAAGACGUUCUGGACGAAGAGCUGGCCAAGUACGAGAAGUUCAGGGCUGAGAUCGAGGGGAGCGAGCAGAAGCAGGGGCGGACCCUCGAUUCUAUCAAGGAGCGCAAUGAUCUGUUCUUGCAGUGUCGGAAGGAUGAUCCAUCUGUCAAGGAGCGAGAGCAUGCACUGCAGUCCUUGGACCUCGCAUAUCACAAGUACAAGGAGAUUACACGGAACUUGGACGAAGGACUGAAGUUCUACAAUGAUAUCAGCGACAUACUAGGGCGAUUGAAGCAGGAUUGCAUUGAGUGGUGCAAUCACCGUCGAAAUGAAAUGCAGUACGUCUCACCUGCCGGCUGCCUCAUGGAUCUUCUCGUGUGCUGA